CACAAAUUCUAUCGGCAUACUUUCAUUUCUUUUCGUUUUCCCCAGCGUCUGUUGCCUUUGAUCUGUAGAGAUAAUGGCCGGAAAGGGUGAAGGCCCGGCGAUCGGAAUAGAUCUCGGUACCACCUACUCGUGUGUUGGCGUGUGGCAGCACGAUCGGGUCGAGAUCAUCGCCAACGACCAGGGUAAUCGCACGACGCCGUCUUAUGUUGCCUUUACCGACACCGAGCGCCUGAUCGGCGACGCCGCUAAGAAUCAGGUUGCUAUGAACCCUAUCAACACCGUGUUCGAUGCAAAGCGUUUGAUUGGAAGGCGCUUCAGCGAUGCUUCUGUCCAGAGCGAUGUCAAGCUUUGGCCUUUCAAGGUCAUUGCUGGCCCCGGUGAUAAGCCCAUGAUUGUUGUUAACUACAAAGGGGAGGAGAAGCAGUUUUCAGCUGAAGAGAUCUCUUCUAUGGUAUUAAUAAAGAUGAAAGAGAUUGCUGAAGCAUACUUGGGAUCUGUUGUGAAAAAUGCUGUUGUCACUGUCCCUGCUUAUUUCAAUGACUCCCAGCGCCAGGCCACAAAGGAUGCCGGUGUCAUCUCUGGUCUGAAUGUGAUGAGGAUCAUCAAUGAGCCCACCGCAGCGGCUAUUGCCUAUGGACUCGACAAGAAGGCAUCCAGUGUGGGUGAGAAGAAUGUUCUAAUCUUUGAUCUUGGUGGCGGUACUUUUGAUGUCUCUCUUCUUACAAUUGAGGAGGGCAUCUUCGAGGUCAAGGCCACUGCUGGUGACACCCAUCUUGGAGGUGAGGAUUUUGAUAACCGCAUGGUUAACCAUUUCGUGCAAGAGUUCAAGAGGAAGCACAAGAAAGAUAUCAGCGGAAAUCCUAGGUCACUGAGGAGGCUAAGGACCGCGUGUGAGAGGGCAAAGAGGACACUUUCCUCCACUGCACAAACCACCAUCGAGAUUGAUUCCUUGUACGAAGGCAUUGAUUUCUACUCUACUAUCACAAGGGCCAGAUUCGAGGAGCUCAACAUGGAUCUAUUUAGGAAGUGUAUGGAGCCGGUUGAGAAGUGUUUGAGAGAUGCUAAGAUGGACAAGAGCACUGUCCAUGAUGUGGUUCUUGUCGGUGGAUCCACUAGAAUCCCAAAGGUGCAGCAGUUGUUGCAGGACUUCUUCAAUGGUAAGGAACUCUGCAAGAGUAUCAAUCCUGACGAAGCUGUUGCAUAUGGUGCUGCUGUUCAGGCUGCUAUUCUUAGCGGCGAGGGCAAUGAGAAGGUGCAGGACCUUCUGCUGCUGGAUGUUACUCCUCUUUCCACUGGGUUGGAGACAGCCGGAGGUGUCAUGACCGUGUUGAUCCCCAGGAACACCACCAUUCCAACAAAGAAAGAGCAAGUUUUCUCUACCUAUUCAGACAACCAGCCUGGCGUCUUGAUUCAGGUGUACGAGGGGGAGAGAACAAGGACUAGAGACAACAAUCUGCUCGGAAAAUUUGAACUCUCAGGAAUCCCACCUGCUCCUCGGGGUGUCCCUCAGAUCACAGUUUGCUUCGACAUCGAUGCCAAUGGUAUCUUGAACGUGUCCGCCGAGGACAAGACAACCGGGCAAAAGAACAAGAUCACCAUCACCAAUGACAAGGGCAGGCUCAGCAAGGAGGAGAUUGAGAAGAUGGUGCAGGAAGCGGAGAAAUACAAGUCUGAGGACGAGGAGCACAAGAAGAAAGUGGAGGCUAAGAACUCCCUCGAGAACUACGCGUACAACAUGAGAAACACCAUUAAGGACGAUAAGAUCGCAUCCAAGCUGCCUGCGGCAGACAAGAAAAAAAUCGAGGACGCUAUCGAGCAGGCGAUCCAAUGGCUCGAUAGCAAUCAAUUGGCUGAGGCUGAUGAGUUCGAAGACAAGAUGAAGGAGCUCGAGAGCAUUUGCAACCCCAUCAUUGCUAAGAUGUACCAGGGUGGUGAAGUGCCCGGUGGAAUGGAUGAGGACGGACCUUCGGCUGGUGCGAGCGGUGCGGGUCCGAAGAUUGAGGAGGUCGAUUAAGCUUAGUAGCUCAUCAUCAUCCUCUGCGUGUGUCGUCUCUUAUUUUGCUGCCAGUGAUUGCCUUACCGAAUCUACUCUCAUGUCGCUAUUGUAUUCGAAACUAUUUUGGAUUGUUCAUGGCCUAGCGGUAAAACUAUGAAUGCUGAACUAUUUUUGCCUUUAAAGUACUAUGAUUAUCUCA